CCUUUCCCUCCUUCAUUCGCAACGAAGAAGAACGAAUCCAUCUCUCUCUCUCUCUCUCUCUCUCUCUCUCCUUUCACAUCAACCGCGAAUUCGAACAGAAUCGACGCCGAUGCGCUUCUGCUGCUCAGCUUCGGACCACUGGAAGUCCCCAGAAUCUGCACGAGUUUUUGGUCUCUCCCUCUCUCCGUGAGGUGUGUUCAGUGCAGUUGUUGCUGGUUCGCUGGUGGUGGGUCGGUAGGAGUCGGUUAUGGCGGACGAGGGGGGAGCGAGCUUGGGAGCUCUCGAGGGGGAGGGCGGCCGUCCCGGCGAGCGCCCGAGCUCGCCGGAGGGAGGAGGGGGCGGAGUGGGUGGCGGGGAAGGCCCGCCGUCGGAAACCCUAGCCGCGACGCCCUCCGCUCCGUCGCCGCGGGGUGAUCUUGAUCGGUGCGAAGAUUCGAAGGCGAGUUUCGCUGCGGUGGAAGAAUCCAAGGAGCAAGUUCAACAGUCCCACCAGGAAGUUCUAGGAGUUGGAAAAGUGGAGGCAGCUCAGACCAAGACACAGAACCAGCCGCAUUUAUCAUCGUGUCCAAUGGCGUCAUCAGAAUUAUCACCAACUUCUGUUACUCAAUCUAUUUCGUCAAUUCCAAGUCCAACUCCAGUAGAACAGGGUUCUGGGAUGAAGAUAACUGGUUCCUGCAUGCCAGAUCCGAACAGCAGAAGUUCUUACACAAGGAAUGUCCCUAGAGCUUUAAGGACUUAUAACAUUGAUGGUUACAACUGGAGAAAAUAUGGUCAAAAGCAAGUCAAAAGUCCCCAAGGUUCAAGAAGUUAUUUCAGGUGCACAAACACAGAAUGUUCUGCAAAAAAGAUCGAGUGUUGUGAUGAGCUAGGCCAUAUGUUAGAGACUGUUUACAGAAGUCAGCAUAACCAUGAUCCACCAAGGAAGGUCAAUGGCAUGUUGGAGGGUAAAUUUGAAAAAUCUGUUGGGCCUGCUAUCAAUCAUCUUUCAAAUAACCAUUCAACCACAGUGCUUGAUGAUUCAGGUCCAUCCUCUUCUUCCAAGGAGCUAAUCCAAGAAAUUCCUGAUAGAACCAAAAGUGAGCAUCAAAAUUCAGGUGGCUUUGGUGGAAACGGGGAAACUAUCAUAAAGAACGAACAUGUCAAUGAAAUAGAGCCCAGACAAAGUGGUAAGAAGAACAAGUUGUCUCACUCUGAUCCUCAACCAAAACCUGGAAAGAAAUCUAAGAUUGUUGUCCAUGCAGCGGGUGAUGGGGGGAUCUCUGCUGAUGGUUACAGGUGGCGAAAGUACGGGCAGAAGAUGGUAAAGGGAAAUCCUCACCCCAGGAAUUACUACAGAUGCACUUCAGCGGGUUGCCCAGUUCGUAAACAAAUUGAGACGGCCGUAGAUAAUGCAAAUGCCUUCAUAAUCACUUGUAAGGGGAGCCAUGACCAUGACAUGCCAGUUCCCAAAAAGAGGCAUGGCCCCCCAAGCACUCCUCUUAUUGCUGCUGCUGCUGCUCUUCCAGCUUCCAUGAGCAGUUCACAGCUUAAAAAAGUUGAUGCAGCCCAAAAUGGAAAGGCGUCGACCCCAUUGUCAGUAGAUACAGGGGGUGAAUUGACUGGAGAGGCCAUGGAACUUGGAGGUGAUAAGGCAAUUGAAUCAGCAAGGACACUUCUAAGCAUCGGAUUCGAAAUCAAGCCCUGUUGAAAAGUGAAGAGAGUUCUGGACUGGUGUAGAACUAAUUGCCAGGUUUGAAAUUCUAUUUUUUUCUCCCAGUAUGUAUUUAUUUCGAUUUAUGUCUCUCUGUUGUAGUCUCUCAGUGGGCACCUGUAUAUUUCCCCUUCAAAUGCCCUGUAGAAUCUGUUUAAAUAGUGGAGAAGAGGAUAGUGUGCACAUAAAGUCAUGACAUUUAGCGAAUGAAGAAAUAGCGCAUGCAUGAUUGCAUUUAUCA